CACACUUCUCCAACUAUCUCUUCUCUUCUUCCUCAACAUCGAUCCCUAGCUAGCUUCUUCCUUAUCAUUCGCUUCUCCGAUUAGUUUUCCAUGGCGCCAAACAACCAAGCAUCCGUAAAUGAGGGCAAGUACCCUAUCCCAACCAUGACCAACCUCGACCUUGAGAACCAACCCACCCAAGAUCUCAAUACUUCCAAGGACAACGACGACUUCGACUACUCCAAACGUUCUCAGUGGCUCCGCGCCGCUGUCCUGGGAGCCAAUGACGGGCUGAUCUCCACCGCGUCUCUAAUGAUGGGUGUUGGUGCUGUAAAGCAAGACAUAAAAGCCAUGAUACUGACGGGGUUUGCCGGACUGGUAGCCGGUGCCUGCAGCAUGGCCAUAGGAGAAUUUGUCUCCGUUUACUCGCAGUUGGACAUAGAGGUGGCUCAAAUGAAAAGAGACAACAAAAACAAGCAGAACAGCCAGGUGGUGCACGUGGAAGUAGAUGAGGAGGGAAAAGAGAAGGAGAACUUGCCAAACCCAUUACAAGCAGCAGCUGCAUCGGCUCUUGCGUUUUCGGCUGGAGCAAUAGUACCAUUGCUAGCAGCCUCGUUUAUAAGGGAGUAUGGGGCAAGGUUAGGAGCCGUGGCGGCGGCGGUGACAUUGGCCUUGUUGGUGUUUGGGUGGAUGGGAGCAACUUUGGGGAAGGCACCAGUUAUGAGAUCUACGAUUAGGGUUUUGGUUGGAGGGUGGAUGGCCAUGGCUAUGACCUUUGGGUUAACCAAGUUGAUUGGAUCUAGCGGACUGUAAGCCUAGCUAGCUCAUCUAUUUUCUUCCUCUCUCUCUCUCUCUCUUUCGGCCCUUGGGUUAUUUCGAUGUGUGUUUACGACAUGUAAGCAGGUUAUUUUGAAGAUACGUACGUAUAGGAGAUGUACGAAUGGUGAUCAAAGUUCAAAGUUCUGCUUUCUGUAACUUCAGACUUACCGAAGAAAUUAAAUGUAUAUCAAUAAUAAUUGUCAAAACUUUGCAUGAUAGUUUGAGAA